AUGGCCAAGAACAUCCUCAAAACUCCAGCACUUCUUCAGUACAUCCUUGAAACAAGUUCAUAUCCAAAAGAGCACGAACAAUUGAAGCAACUUAGAGAGACAACAAUUCAGAAAUACGGCAAAAUGAGUGUAAUGAAUGUUCCUUUGGAUGAAGCACAAUUCAUAUCUAUGCUUCUGAAAAUCAUGAAUGCUAGAAAAACAUUGGAAAUUGGAGUCUUCACUGGUUAUUCUCUUCUUACUACAGCUCUUGCUCUUCCUCCUAACGGCAAGGUUAUUGGAAUCGAUAUGGAUCGAGAAGCGUACGAGACAGGUUUGCCCUUCAUUCAGAAGGCAGAAGUGGAGCACAAAAUUAAUUUUAUCCACACUGAUGCAUUAUCAGGCCUCAAUGCCCUUAUUGACGGCAAACACGAAGAGUCAUUUGAUUAUGCGUUUGUGGAUGCUGACAAGGAAAACUUCACAAAGUAUCAUGAGGUGUUGUUGAAACUGGUGAGAAAGGGUGGAAUAAUUGCGUAUGACAAUACAUUAUGGUCUGGUUCCGUGGCAAUGUCUGAGGAUGAUGAAAUGGAAGAUAUCACAAAGCGAAAAAGAAAAAUUGCAAUUGAAUUCAACAACUAUAUUGCAAAUGAUACUCGCGUUGAGUCAACAAUCCUUUCUAUCGGGGACGGCGUAACUCUCUGUCGAGUUCUGUAA